UGCUACAAACAACAUUCCAAAGUGGGAAAUCUUACUGUCACAGGAGCGCCCACUGAAAAAAAAAACUCUCACGCUUCUCACACAGUAACCCUUCCAUGUAUAAAAUCUUGCAUAUAGAUGUUAAUGUUUGUUAUUAAAUUUAUGCACGCGUUGAAAAUAUCAUCAGAACUCUAGAUAAGGAUGACAGACUCCGACACAGUGGUGAAGGGUAAGAUCCACUACUAUGGAAGGGAACAAUACUACCAGGCCAUGCAAAAUAUGUGUGUCACAGCUACUAAGAAGUUUGGUAAUGACCCUGUCUAUCGCUUCUACUCAGCACUGUCUCACCUCCUUCAGGGAAGCACACAGGAGGCCAUCAGGCAACUGCAGCCCCUUCAGAGCGACCGAGAAGUUAUGUUGGGCACUCUCUUGGCCUUGAUUCAUGCACACCGCCACUGCCAGGUGGUGGACCGAGAGGCUGUGGCUCAACUGGAUGCCAAGCUCAAGGAGGAGAGGAAGAAAGCCUCAGAAGUGCCUCUCUACUAUGCUGGAAUGUUUCUUUUCUUGUGUGGGCGGUUGGACAAGGCAAGAGAAUAUGUGGAUCGAAUGCUGAAACUUAACUCAGAUCAUGAAGAAGGUCUGGUGCUGAAGGGUUGGGUGGAGCUGGCUGCUGGGAAGGAAAGCCGGGCACGCAAUCACAUGGAAUACUUUGAUGCUGUCUUGCAGAGAUCUCCUCGUCAUAUGGAUGCUCUGUUUGGGAAAGCUAAGCUAUAUGAAAACCGAAGCAACUACAAGGAAGCCAUGGAAACCUUGAAUCUUCUGGUAGUUGCUUUUCCAGGUUUCACAGCACCCCUUAUAGAGAAAGCUAAAGUGAAUCUCUCAGAGCAAGACUGGGACCAGUGUCUUGAGUCAGCUAAUAGGGUACUGAGUGCUGAUUCACACAACAUUGAGGCUAUCAAGUACCGCACACUGUAUGCUCUGUGUCGCAAGGGAAAUUAUGAAGAUACAGCUCAGAACCUUCGUAAUCUGUAUAGUGAAAUGGACAGAAGUGAGCCUAAUAAUGCAGCAUUGUUCAUCCACAUGGCUCAACUUUUCUCCCGGCUGUGUGGAAGGAAUAGCCUUGUAUUAGAAGAGACCUUCAUGAUGGCCAGCAAGGCAGCUAAGGUGGACUCCAGCAGUGCUGAGUACCUGACAGAGGUAGGCUACCAGUGCCUCCUGCAAGGCCGCAAUAAAGAGGCUACAAGAUACUAUAAAAAUGCUACUAAAUUGGAUGAAUCUUCAGUUGCAGCACUGACAGGAAUCAUAUCUUGUCAACUUUUGGAUGGACAAGUGGACAUUGCUGAACAACAACUGGAGUUUUUGAAAGAGGUUCAAAGAAGUCUAGGUACCUCGCCUGACAUCCUCUACUUAUCUGCUGUGUUGGGACGCAUGAAGAACCAGCCGUCAGACAUCAUCUUAGCUCUACUCCAAGAGGCCAUUGACAACCACUUCAAGAACCACCGAGGGAUGUCCUUUGGUGCCACCUACCUGGCUGCCCUCAAUCCAGACUUCCUGCUCCUAAUUGUGAAUGAGUGCCUUAUCUAUGCUCCAAACCAGCCCAGCCCUACAGAGGGUUUGGGGCAUAAUAUGCCAGGAGUGGUGAAGCAAGCACUGCUGGUGCUGGAGACCAUCACUCGUGCCUGUCCUGCCUUGCUGGCUGCCCUAAUACUCUCUGCUCGCCUCAAAUUUAUCAUGGGGGACAUCAAGGGAUCUGCUGCCUCCCUCCAGCAUGUCCUAGACAACAUUGAUUCCACCAGUUCAGAAGCUCACCUUUUAAUGGCUCAGAUUCAGUUGUACCAAGGGAAUUUCAAACAAGCGCAGCAGAGUUUAGAAGUGGGCCUUUCCUACAACUUUGAGGUGAGGGAGCAACCUACCUAUCACCUUGUGAGGGCGCGAGUUAUGAAGAAACAAGGCCAGUACCAAGAGGCAAUCAACACCCUGAAAGCUUGCCUUAACAUGACCAACACACGACCCACCACUACAAAAGGCAGCCGCAACAAGCCAGACAUGGCUGUCCCAGACCGAGCCUCAGUGUUCCUGGAGCUGUGUGAAGUAUACAGACUCAACAACCAACCCAAUGAAGCAGCCACUGUCAUGACUCAAGCUAUGACUGAAUUUCAGGGUACCAGUGAAGAGAUCAGAUUGAAUAUUGCCAGUGCAGAUCUGGCUCUGCUGCGAGGAGACAUGGAUCAGGCACUUUCCCUGCUGCGUGCCAUUGGGCCUGAGCAACAGUACUAUCUCCAGGCUAGGGAUAAGAUGGCCUCAAUUUACUUGAAUCAUCUCAAGGACAAACGCAUGUUUGCUUCAUGUUAUAGAGAAGUAAUAGAGAAGAACCCCACACCACAGAGCUUUCUCAUGCUGGGGGAUGCCUACAUGUCUAUUCAGGAGCCAGACCGAGCCAUUGAGGUGUAUGAGCAGGCUCUAAAGCGCAACCCUCGGGACUCCGUGUUAGCAUGCCGCAUGGGCGUAGCGCUGGUCAAGACUCAUCAGUAUGGGAAGGCCAUCAACUACUACAAGGAGGCCAUAAAAACAGGCAGCAGCAACCAGCUAAGUCAAGCAAAUCUGUUGAAUCUGCUUGCUAAGAUACAUGAGCGAAAUGGGAACUUUGAACAAGCACUCUCAGUCCUGAGUAAAGGCAAGGAGGUUCAAGUGCGAGUGUUGAAACGAGCACAGGUAGAACUGCCAGAUACAGUACCUGAGCAGAGACGCUUGGCAGGGAGUAUGUGCGGAAAGAUGGCUGAACAUGCUGCCAACCAGCGGGACUUUGAGCGUGCUAUCAAGCUGUACAAGGAGGCACUCCAGCAUGACCCAGAAGACGCACCCACCCUGCUUGCUCUUGCUAAACUAUACAUGCAGACCAAUGAUCUUGACCAGUGCCAAUACACAUGUAUGACCCUCUUGAGGACAGACAAGGAGAAUGAUAGUGCUACCCUCAUGAUGGCUGAUCUCUCCUACCGUAGAAAUGAAUAUGACACUGCAAUGUUCCACUUCCAGCAGCUCCUGGAUCGCAGGCCAGCCUAUUUCCCUGCUUUGGCCAGGCUAGUGGAAGUUAUGAGGCGCACUGGCACCCUGGAUGAGGCUGGUCCAUAUCUGGACCGUGGCGAGCAAGCUGUUCUGAGGCAUAACAUUGAUCCUGGCUACAACUUCUGUCGGGGACUGUAUGACUGGUACCUUGGGAACCCAAAUUCUGCUCUCAAGUAUUUCAACAAGGCCAGAAAGGAUCAAGAAUGGGGUCAACGAGCCAUAUACAACAUGAUUGAGAUCUGCCUGAAUCCAGAUAAUGAAACAAUUGGAGGCGAAACAUUUGAAUCUGUUGAUAGUGAACUGAAUCAGUCUGGUGCACGGGACACUGUGGACAUGGCAAUUAGGACAGCUGACAAAUUGUUAAAGGAACUUCACCCAAAGCCAGGGGAGCAGAUGAUCAGCCACCAGGUUCUCAGUAAUUUCCUGCUACUGGCCACUAAACAGAAGUCCAGUGCUGAACAAGCCCUGCAGGAAUUCAUGAAUAUUGCCAGCCAGGAUAGCUACAAAGAUCAUGUUGGGGCCAUCCUGGGUAUGGCUACAGCAUACAUGAUCCUCAAACAGACCCCUCGAGCUCGUAACCAGCUGAAACGUCUUGCUAAGGCUGUGUGGAACUUUGAGGAUGCUGAAUACCUAGAGAGGUGUUGGCUGCUGCUGGCUGACAUCUAUGUUCAAACUGGGAAAUAUGAUAUGGCAACAGAAUUAUUAAAGCGAGUUCUACAACAUAAUAGGUCAUGUAUGAAGGCUUAUGAGUAUAUGGGCUUCAUUAUGGAAAAGGAACAAAGCUACCGUGAUGCUGCUUUCAAUUAUGAACAAGCUUGGAAGUUUAGCAGCAACACAAACCCAAUGAUAGGAUACAAGCUUGCCUUUAAUUACAUGAAGGCUAGGAGGUUUGUGGAUGCCAUUGAUGUUUGUCACUCUGUCUUAGCGAAGCACCCAGAGUACCCCAGAAUCAGGAAAGAUAUACUAGAUAAGUCUCGAGCAAGCAUUCGUAUCUAAGCUCCCCACACUGAGAGAGACCCACACUGAGAGAGACACACUGCACUACAUUGUAUUAUUUGAGUAUCUGCAUUCAUACUGUUCAUAUUUGGAGGCUUAGUUGCGACCAAUGUGAGUUACCUGUGUCGGCAGUACUUUUCAAAGGCUACUAAAAUUUUUUUUUUUUUUUUUUUUUUUUUUUUUUUUGCUCAAGUGGAAAGGUAUGCAAGGAUUCCUUCAGUUGCAAAUAGAGAAGGGAAAACUUGACUUGGCCAUUGCCUUCAUAUUGUAAAAAAAAUAAAUAAAUAAAUAAAAAAAAAAAAAAAAAAAGCACUAUGACUGGUAUA